GCCAUGCUUGGUUCAAGGCUCUUUAGUCCAGUCCACGUUCUUCUUCCGUGUACUGUACUUGAGCCCCAGCGGUUUCUAGAUCCAUGGAGUCUCUAGAUGUUGUUUCGCAGCUUGCCCACAUCUCACGGCGGAUUUUGCAGAUCUUCUCUUGCGCAGAACGCAGAAGAUCAGCAGGGCACGACCUUGCGCGAAGGCAUGAUGAUGGUGAUGCAGAGGGAGCCUUUGAGCAAGAAGCCCUCGAAGCAGCUCACCAACUCAGAACUUGCGCAUCAAGUUGUGAGGCACUUGACGACGCAAUACAAUGACGAAGCGCUCACAACAAUGGAGGUGGAGCUUGCCCUUUCUCCCCGCGGGCUGACGCAGGUUCCGUUCCAAGGCAGAGGACCGACAGGGACGGAGAGAGCACGAAGCUCUCGAGCAGCACAGGCAGCGACGUGAUCACUGGGGGCAGCAUUUCGCUGCAGGGCGGCCUGAGCAUGACCGCAGCCACCGAGAACACGGACAAAUCGAACCCGCCUGAUUCUCAUUGAACAUCAGCAUAUGUCAUAUCGCCAGGAACGUCCAGGGCUCUUCGCGCAGCGUUGUCGCAGCUUCAGAGAAUGCAGAGCGCGGCCCCGCUGGAGCAGGGCGCACCAGCAGUGUCGCGCUUCACUGGCAAGGGCAAGGGCAUGGAUGAUUGUCCCAAACCUGCAUGGCGGGGCAAGUGGCGCCGACUCGUGAGCCCAGCUGAGGCAUUGGACCGGUCAGUCCAGAAUCCUCGUGCGGAGCUCUUCGAUCCGGCAAAGGACGACAGUUCCGUGCCCAGCACCAGGCCUGAGAAUGAGUACUUGGGAGAGGAGCCCUCCGUCUUCGGCGAGGAGGCUGAAAACAAGCAGGUGGGCCCCAUCGAGCAGAUCGACUUCCAGAGGUUCAGCUCCAACCUGACUGCCUUAAUCUGCGAGGCUGCGUCCAAGACGUCCGACAAGGCACAGGCAAUGGACUUAGCCGUGCAGAAUAUCAAGCGGCACAUCCCUCAGGUGGCGGUCAACCAGGACGCCCGCAUAACGCAUAACCUUGAGCGAUGUACCAGAUAAGGUUCUGCAUGCUGAGGGCGUGUGCGAAGAGGAUCCAGUAGGAGGCAUGAGCUUGAAGUAGCACACCCCUCCCACCUUGCCCUUCCAUCGUCGUUUCUGCUUGCUUUAGGCUUGGCUAGGCAACAGCAGUAGUUGCAGGAACGGGGCGGGG